GAAACAAAAAAUGGCUGAAGUCACUCUUCUGUGUUUUCUUCAAGGCUUAGAGGAACCAUUUAGGAUUACAAUCGACAAAACCGAUACGAUUGAAGAGUUUAAAGAGUCGAUUUUACACAGGGCGAGAAAGGCCAUUGGCGAAAAAAAUAUCUCAACGGAUGGGUUCGAAAUGUGGGAGGUAUCCGUUCCCAUUAACGAAGUUGAUAUUUUACGAAAGGAUAGACCCGAGUUAAAGGGCGGUAAACCACUUAAAGACAAACCGAAUUUAACGUCCAUUGGAAAGGUUAUCGAUAAUUAUAUCCAGGUCUUCAUUGGAAAUCCUGAUUUAGCGGUUAUUCCACCCAGCUUGGAAAGCAUAGACGAUAGGGUUCGAGAAUUGGAGAAAACAUUCGAAAGUUUAAUCUAUGAAGUUAAAUACGAAAGAUUAGAUGAGGCGGCGGAUGUAGAACUUCGCGCUAUUAGGGUAAACGAUGAGUUCUGGAUAAAAAAGGAUUAUGUUCACAGUAAUACACAACUACAACAUAUGAAAAAACCCGUCGAUGUUAGAUGUAGAGUGAUGAACGUUGGUAAUACCGGAAGGUUAAAGGUGAUUCUUCUCAGAGAAGAUGCUGGUAUAGAACAAAAAACGGUUUCUUCGUUAUUAUCGCUUGAAAAAUGGUUACUUGAUUGCUUUGGGCUACCUAUAAUGUAUAGGAACAAGAGUGAUAAACAUCUUCGUGAUUAUCUCAAAGUCGAACGCGGUGGAGUGAAUAAAAGUUUUAAACAGCUUUACGAGGAUUAUAUAAAUAAUCCCUGAAAAGAUAUCAUUCGUAGUUAUUUAAUCAGCGCUGUUUCGGAUACCGAUUUAUGUUAUUAAAUAAAGCAUUGUUAUAAGACUGCUUGUUU